AUGAGCCAGAAAUUUCAUCAGUUUGGGUGAUCUAAAAAUCAGAACGGAAGGUGUUUCGUAAGAACUCGAAUGCUGCUUCAUUCUUGAAGAAAACGUGAUAUUUUUAAUUGAAUUUCACCUGGAUUGUUGAAAACAAUUAUGCGAUUAAAUCAUCUGCAGAAAAUUGGAAUUUGUUGGAGCAUCAUCACGGUCCUGGGAAUCGCUGGCUUUGUCUAUUCGAAACAAAACGUUGACAAGAACCGCUAUGAGAAUAUGAGAAUUCGUGAACGUAUGAGGAAAUCCAACGAAGGCGAAUACUCUGUGGAAAACUCCCGGCGCUAUCAAUCCUAAG